UUUAAUUAAAAAAAAAAGUAAAGUCCUACAAUUGGCUCCUCUCUAGGGGGCGUGGCUAGGCCCUGGGGGCGUGGCCGGGACGAGCCAGCUUAAAGCGUGGCUGAGGUGCAGAGACCCGGGCUGUGGUGGCUGUUACCUGUGGAGGCAUGGAGGAGUGCGCUUGCCUCUGCGGAAUGGGCUCUUCGCGGGGAUGUAGGUGUCCUCAGAAGCACCAGCGCCCAGCUGAGACGGCAGCGGCAGAUGGCAAGCCGGCCCAGGCAGAAAAGCACGUCGAGGGGGACGCGGCAGCGCGGUGCUGUGCUGGGAGUGGAGGAAUCGCGAGCCCCAUGCCGCCCCCGCUGCCCCCGCACUGCUCGCUGCAGGACCUGCCGGUGGAGAUGCUGGUGGAGAUCUUCGCCUGGGUUCCCGCCACCGACCUGCCCAGCCUGGCCCAGUCCUGCACCAAAUUCCACCACACCCUGCACAUCGACAGCAUCUGGAGACGGCGCUGCCAGGAGGAGUUCGGCGUUCGUGAAAACUUGCAGAACCUGGAGAUGAUCGGUAUGUCUUAUCGAGAAGUCUAUACGAAGCUGUUCCCAUACAGAAACAUUUUGGGAUUGUGGCAGCUAGAUAAUAGCUAUAGAACACUAGUGAACGUCGUGGUGGACGGCUUAUGCAUUACUGGUUGGAAAUACAGGCCUUCCUUUCACACCCAUGUGGGUGGCCCCAUACAUUUCAAGCCCGUGUUCAGAAUUUGCCUGACGGAGAGGAAAUCAGCCACAGUGGAGUGCAUGGAAGGCCCCCACAAUAGGCCCCACAACCGCCAGGUGCGGAUUCAGAAGGACUGGUUCACCACCCAUUGCAACCAGACAUACCACCGAAAGGAUUUAGCAGCCAGUCUUAGGGAUGAAUGGGUGCGGGUGCUGAUAGGGGAGGACAGACAGCGGUAUGACCUCCUGACCUACCGCCGCCUCUACCUCCCGCCGAGCCACCCGGACGACCUCAUCAGGCCAGGCCUCUUCCAAUACUACUUAGAUGACUUUGGCCUAAAGAUUGCCAUGCUCAGCUUCCAUGGGAAGUAUGCCCGGGUCACCGAUAUCACGGGAUACUCCAAGAAGACGUUAGAGAUCCACCUCAUGCGCCGCAUCCAGCUGCGAGAUGGCGAGAUCUUCCGCUACUUCAACGAGCUCUCCCGCGUGGUCCAGGAGAUUGAGGAGCAAGUGAUCCGGGAGCAGCAAGAAGACGGGACUGAGGAAAGCCAGGGCCAUGGCUGGCAGAGCCCUGCCCAGCCCAGCGUUGGGGAGUCCAGGGCUGCAGCUUGGGAGGAGCAGCCUGUCCCGUUUGUUCUGCCUGUGGGUGUGCACUCAAGAGACCAGAACUACCCCCGAACCUGCAGGAUGUGUUUCUAUGGCGUAGACACUCUUGCCAUAAUUGGCUCAUCCUACCUCAAGAGCUUCCCUGGAGUCUUCAUCCUGUUUGAUGAGAACCACUUCGGGUUCAUCUGGCGAGUGGAGAAAUGCUUCUUCCUGUAUAGCAGAGUCCAGAACACCUUCCAGAAUGUGGAGGCACCGUCCCCCCAGGCUUUCCUGGAGAUGCUCAAGAACAUUCAGUCCAUGCCCUAACUGGUUUGGCUCAGUGGAUAGAGCAUUGGCCUACGGCCUGAAGGGUCCCAGG